AUGUUUGAGCACAUCAGCCUCAUGACCUUGGACAGUCUGCAGAAAUGCAUCUUUGGCUUUGACAGCAAUUGUCAGGAGAAGCCCAGUGAAUCUAUUGCUGCCAUCUUGGAGCUCAGUGCUCUCGUUGUGAAACGGCACAGGCAGAUCUUCCUGUACUCGGACUUCUUGUACUUCCACACUCCCAAUGGGCGACGCUUCCGCAGGACCUGUGACAUAGUGCACAACUUCACAGAUGCCAUCAUCCAGGAGCGUCACUGCACCCUCACUAGCCAGGGUGUUGAUGACUUCCUGCAGGCCAAGGCCAAGUUAGACUCAGGUGCCUUCAUCACUGGUGCAAUUUAGUGGUCUUGUCUCCAGGAUGAAAAUGGAAAGGAGUUGUCAAAUGAGGACAUAAGAGCGGAGGCUGACACCUUCAUGUUUGCGGGCCAUGACAUCACAGCCAGUGGUCUCUCCUGGGUCCUGUACAACCUUGCAAAGCACCCGGAAUAUCAGGAACACUGCCGACAGGAGGUGCAAGAGCUCCCGAAGGGCCGUGAUCUUAAAGAGAUUGAAUGGGACGACCCAGCCCAGCUGCCUUUCCUGGCCAUGUGCCUGAAGGAGAGCCUGUGGCUGCAUCCCCCAGUCCCCCUGAUCUCCCGCGCAAUCCAGGACGUGGUGCUCCCAGAUGGCCGGGUCAUCCCCAAAGGGAGCAUCUUCUCCAUCAGCAUCACUGGCGUCCAUCACAACCCCUCAGUCUGGCCGGACCCUGAGGUCUAUGACCCCUUUCGCUUCAACUCAGAAAACCCCCAGAAGAGGUCACCUCUAGCUUUUAUUCCCUUCUCCUCAGGGAACAGGAACUGCAUCGGGCAGGCGUUCGGCAUGGCUGAGAUGAAGGUGGUCCUGGUGCUCAUGCUGCUGCGCUUCCGCGUCCUGCCGGACCACGCGGAGCUCCGCAGGAAGUUGGAGCUGGUCCUUCGCGCAGAGAAUGGACUUUGGCUACGGGUGGAGCCCCUGAGGGCGGACCUGCAGUGACCCACUACUGUCGGGUCUCGGAGCCACCCGGAGGGAUCCUCACAUACCUUUGCAGAUUCCCGGGAAUACCUCUGUGCUGUCCUCUGUGCCUGAGUCCCACGGACAGCCAGCAGGGGGCGCUGGAGGACUGCAGGGAUCCAGGGCCUGGCUGGGAGAAGGCCGGGAGGUGUCUCUGAGCUAAGACCCUGACAGCCUCUCUGGGUGAGCGCAGUGCCCCCCAUCCGCAUCCCCCACCCCCGUGCUGAGGGCGGGUUCUCCUAGGGCCCAGGUCUGGACUUUAUCCUGUGGGCCAUAGGGAGCCAUGGUGGGUGUUAGAGCAGGAGAGGGACCAGGGCUGAGACGGCACCUAAGGGGCAGGUUCGAGGGUCUGAGUCACCGAGGAAAACCAGAGUGGCACUACACUCCCACCACCCCGACCUCAGUUCUCAUCUCCUAAUACACCCAGUUUUUUUUUUCUCUCAUCUUAGGGUUCUUCAUUGUUUUCAUAGUUCUUAAAUGACUGUGCUUAUUAAACAAUACUAAGCCUGGUUGUCUUAAGUG